AUGACGGUGUAUCAUACAGGACGGUAAUGUCAGCAGCGGGACUUUUGCAUUGAUGCCCGUGAUAUAUUGAGGAAAAAAUCAGUUUCACUUCGAUCAAAUUGAAUCUUUACGCAGCAAGAUGAAUUUAUUCGACCACGUGAAGCAGCUGCACGAUUCAGAGUUAUACCAAGACUUAUGCCAACUGGCAAGUGUUGUGAUUACUCUUUGUGACAACAGUACCGAUGUGGAACUGCUCACCCUUCAGCAGCGGUACCAAUGCAUGGUCUACUACGGAAAUGCCCUUUACAACAUGUCACAGUACCUAAAGGCAGAGGACACAUACAAAAAAGCUAUAAUUCUGAGAAAAGGUUUCAACAAGUCAAAGGUCAAAGGUGGGCCACCAUGUCACAUGGAGCUGACAUCGGAGGUAGAAGUGAAGUAUAAGAUGUACCAGUGUCUGCUCCAGCAAAAGCAGUACAAAGAAGCUAUGUCUGUGUUGGAGGGCAUCAGCUCACGUCAGAGGAACCCAAAGAUUCACUUAGCCCUCGCCAAACUGUACCUGAGGGCGGGAAUGGACCGGUCAGCAAUAACCAGCUACAAGGAAGUCAUCAGGGUUUGUCCACUGGCAUUAGAAGCUCUCAAUGGUUUGCUUGGCUUAGGGGUCAAGGGGUCAGAUGUGGCAACCUUGGUGAUCAAUGGUCUUCCGCAUGGUACCCCUAAUGAUUGGCUGUCCAUGUGGAUAAAGGGCCAGGCACAUUUGGCGUCGCGGGAGUUCAGCAGUGCUGUGGCAACGUUUCAACUGAUGGACACCAAGGCAUACCUCAAAGACAAUGUCCUCCUGGUCAACAGCCUCGCGGAAGCCCUCUUCUACGAUGGUCGCUAUUCUGGUGCUCUACAAGCCUUCCAGAGGGUACAUGCUCUGGAUCCAUUACAAGUGAAGAACAUGGAUCUAUAUUCAUACCUCCUUGCCAAAGAAGACCAAGUGAAAGAUUUACAAAGGUUGUCCCAGAGACUGAUGAAGAUCACGGAAUAUGCUCCAGAAUCAUGGAUCUCCAUAGGAUACUUCUCCAUGGCGACCCACAAAGAAUCUCGCACCAGGACAGUCUACUUUGCACAAAAAGCCAACAACUUGGAUUCGUUUAACAUAGAGGCCUAUCUACUUAAGGGGGCUGCACUAUUAGAGUUAAAGAAAAGUCAGGACGCCUCCCUCCACUUCCAGGAGGCGCUGAGAUUAGCACCUCACCGAUAUGAGGCCUACCUAGGCCUCAUCAACUGUUACAUGGCUAGUCACCGUACUAGAGAAGCUCUCUCCUGGGCUGGAAAAGCCAUCAAAAUUCUAGGAAAUAAUGCCAGAACUCUCACACUGUAUGCGUCAGUGCUGUCUAAAGAACCCACCAUGACUGCAAAGGCUAAACCCUACCUGGAGAAGGCGAUGAAGAUGGACCCGAAUUUCCUCGAUCCUGUGUAUAUAAUGGCAGACAUUCUAACCAGAGAACAUCAGUAUGACAAAGGGAUAGAACUACUGAGGAAACAGCUGCAAACCCAAAGUACGUGUCGACUUCACAGGACAUUGGGUGACUUUCUGGGCCUCACCAACGAACACCUAGAGGCCAUUGACCAGUACAGCAUAGCACUCAGUUUGGACCCCACCAACAGUCGGGCACGUGAGGGGAUGGAGAGGGUGGAGAAACAGAGUGACAUGGGGCUGAUGGGUCUCAGUCUGGAGAACUCUUAUGAUGUUGAUGAUAUAGAAGGCAGUGACAACGAUGGAGACUUUGACAAUAGUAACAGCGACGUUGAGAGUACGUGGUCCGAGACAGAUUACACCUAAUCCUCAGCCAAUGUGUGUGUGUGCACGUGAAUGAAAAUAUGACGCUGGAAUGACUUAGACCAGUACUGGAUUCCUUCCAGGUCAGCCUACUGUGUCCGGCAGUAGAUAGCUGACUUUGUUGUGUUCAGUGACUUAUGCUACAACAAACAAUCCCACUUCAUUAUUGGUGUGUAAUUCAGGAAUUGACUUCAAAUUUAAAGUAGCUAGAAGCUGUUCACAUAUCGAGGAAUUUACAAGCAUCCUUCCUAUUGGUGAGAUUCAAUAUGUUUGGAGUUUAUCACCAAAAUCAUCGUUGUUUUCAUGAAGGAAACUGGACUGAUCUGUGGCAAAAAAAGAAAUUACAAAGUAUGUGUUCGCUACAAUGACCGAGUAAUUGUGUUUUCAAAUGAAAAAUACUCAUGGUUGAUAAAGUAAAAAUUUGUAAACAGUUUGUUUCUCCAUAAGGGUUAAAGGUAGACUGAAUUUUUGAUUCUAUAUCUCUUAAAAUAUUUAUGUUGCAUAUACGUAUAUAUACUCUCAAGUUUAGGAGGUUAAAUCUUUGGCAUUAACAAAAAAUGAAUAUUUAAUGUAGUUGUUGAAUUACACAGAAGUGAGUGUCAACAUGGACACAGUUUUCUAAAAUAUCCAGCCAUGUGACAUCGAGAUUUCCUGUGAUGGAAAGCCAUGUAAGAUAUAUGCAAGACCACACACUUGUGUUUUUCUAACGAAUCAGAAAGCACAAGAUUAUUGCGCGAACGAAUAUAUUCAUGAGUGCGCGGAGCGCACAAGUGAAUAUAUACGUCCGCGCAAUAAAUUAGCAAAGUCUGUUUAAGAUUUAAUACAAAAGAUUUGAACUCUUUUUACACUGUACAUAUGAGUCUGGGAGACAGAUAUUACAUUUCCUGACAACCAGACACAUUAAACUUAACCAAUUA